GCCGCUCCCCCAGCCCCGCCGCCGCUCCCAUCCGACUCGAGGGCGAUGCCCACAGCGCCGCGGCGCCUCCUCCGCACGCUCGUCAGCUCCACCUUCAGGAUGGGCGACUCGGGCUCCAGGCUGCUUCGGAGAGAAGAAGCGCUCCCCGGCAGGAGCCAAAGCAUCCAGGUGGCAGAUAAACAUCAUGUCAAUGGAAACAGAACGAUAGAACCUUUCCCAGAGGGAACACGGAUGGUUUUGUUUGGUAUGGGCUGUUUCUGGGGAGCUGAGAGGAAGUUUUGGAGACAGAAGGGAGUCUACUCCACUCAAGUGGGUUAUGCAGGAGGAUAUACCCCGAAUCCUACCUACAGAGAAGUCUGCUCAGGUAAAACUGGCCACACAGAGGCUGUACGAGUAGUAUAUCAGCCAGAAAACAUCAGCUUUGAGAAACUGCUCAAGGUCUUCUGGGAGAAUCAUGACCCGACACAAGGAAUGCGGCAGGGUAAUGACUUUGGCACACAGUACCGUUCGGCCAUCUACACGUUCUCCCAGGAACAGAUGGAAGCUGCCUUGAGAUCUAAAGAGGAUUAUCAAAAGGUAUUGACAGAGGGCGGUUUUGGUACCAUCACAACAGAAAUCCGGGAGGCUCCAGAGUUCUAUUACGCUGAAAAUUACCAUCAGCAGUACCUCAGCAAGAACCCCAAUGGAUACUGUGGGCUCGGGGGCACGGGGCUUUCCUGUCCGAUUGCGAUCAAUAAAUAGUCUCUGCUUAUGCCACUGCUUCAACGUUGUAUUAGGGGCUUGUUUGAAAAGAAGCCGAUAACCCAGUGGAUGUUAUUGCACACCCGCAGAAUCAGUCCGUAAGGAUUUGGGCACCCCGUAGGGGUGACGUUCUGUAAUCUGAGCAGCUGACAUUGCUUUGCAUUCAAAGACUUUAAAAAAGCCAAAGUAGCGUUGGAAAUUGCUCCUGUUUGUGAAUGCGGCUUCUUGCUCUGUGCAGUUCACUGGGUUUCCUUGAAAUCUCACAGUCUGGAAAGAAAAUAAACUUUUGAAGUUUGGCUUGAUGCAUUAAUAAGGAGAUGAAUUAGGGGAUGGCGUAGCUAAUGGUUGUAGACAUCUUGGUUUAAUGAAUUUGCUCGUUAUGAGAGCUUUGACUUUUGGAAAUAGUAGUUGGGAUCAUCUUAACUAUCAAAACUCUAUAAUUUGGUAUUAUUAAGAAUAGUGAACUUCUGAGAUCAGUAAUUCUCUCACAGUACUACUUUCAUAGCAACAUAUAAAUAUCACCUGUAGUGCCUAUUUUCUGAAACAGUUUAGUAAAAAAAUAAAAUAAAAAUUUUGACGUGAUGUUUCUUGUUGACAGUUCCAAAAAGUAUAUAAACACAAAAAGCAUUCAAUUUUG